AUGACAAAGAAAGUUGCCCUCAUCAUUGGAGCUUCUCGCGGCAUUGGGAGACAGAUAGCCAUCGACCUAGCCCGCAAUGGAUAUGCUGUCGUGGUCGCCGCAAAAACAACCUCAAACCCACACGAUCCUUCCAUCCCCUUCCCCCCACCCCCCAACUCCUUCGCCUCAACCAUCAACACCGUGGCUCGCGAAAUCACCGACCUUUAUGGCGGCACCGCAACCGCAAUCGCAGUCGACACCCGGGACACGACCCAGAUCAACCACUUAAUCUCGGAAACAGUCCGCAUAUACGGAAAACUAGAUGUUCUCAUCUACAACUCCGGCGCAAUCUGGUGGUCUUCAGUUGAAAACACACCCGUUAAAAGGUUUCAAUUGAUGCAGAAGAUUAAUCCAGAAGGUCUAUAUGCAAGCGUGCAUGCUGCGUUGCCGUAUUUUGAGAAGAAUGAGUGGAAAGGGAGGAUAAUUGUUGUGUCGCCGCCAAUCUAUUCGAGGUUUUUUAGGGGGAAGACUGCUUAUGCUAUGGGCAAGGUUGGGAUGAGUGUAUUGACAAAAGGUCUUGCGAUGGACUUUGAAAGAGAAGGGAGAAAGAAUAUGGCUAUUACUAGUAUAUGGCCCGCCGUGUCCAUCGAAUCCGCCGCAACAGGAGACAUGGUCAAAAAAGACCCAACAUCUGAACGUGAUCUACGCAAACCGACAAUCUUCUCCGACGCAAUUCUGGCAAUGCUCAAUGCCCCUGUACACAAAGUAAACGGUCUGCUCGAUCUUGACGAAGACUUUCUACGCCGCGAAUGCGGUGUAGCAGAUUUCUCGAAAUAUGCUGUUGUACCGGGCUCAAGUCCAAGACGGAUUAUGCCGGCUAAGUUUCCGAUAUUAGAGGUUGAGGAGCAAGAUGAUGAAGGGAGGAGGAUGGAUAGUGCACAAUUAAGGGCUGGGAGGGUGAAGAUAUAA